AUGUCCAGCAAAACAGCACCUUACGAAGGGACGACAUCGAGGGCGCAAGCGCAACAACGCGCACCACUUCCAGAAGCUGAGGACGUUCCAAUACCUACAUAUGCAGAAGCAAACGGCUAUGCGCCACCACCAGGGCCGCCUCCGGCCACAGCGUCAAAUGUAACCCCACGCACUGAAGUUGCAUUACCGCCAGCUGCAGACGAGCUCCCCGGCUACGACACCAUAGACCCGAAGAACACGACGUUCCUUCUCUACAGCACAUUUAUACACACCCCCAACGGUCCGGCAUAUCAAUUAUCAUCAGCUCUCAAUUCUAACAACUCACCCUUACGAAUACGACGUCUCCAAGCUGCCGAGAUCCCCCUCGCACACGAACUGCCCAUACGCUUCGACCGCUCUCAGACCCUUUAUGAGAUACAAGACCCACCGUUUCGUGACAAUGAAUAUUACAUGGUCGGCAAGAAACCGCACUGCCAUGGCGGCGCUCUGCAGUUGACUUUUGGAUGGAAGACUUGGCAUAUCAGACACAUUGCUGGGCCCAAUUCUGCGCCGAGUGAAAUUAUGACAUGUAAGAAAGUCGCCUCGGGUGGGGGAUUGUUUGGAAAGGGCAAAGCAAAGGAUGGAGUUGUCGUAAAAGACGGAUUGACAGAGCCUUUCGAGUGGAAAGACACAAAUGGCCGGCUUUUGGCGACUGAAGGAUUGCAGCUGCUCGCUGGAGGAGUUGUACCUACGUUGCAUUUGAGUGCGGACUUGGAUAGCAUGUGGAGGGAGUUGAUGAUAAGCUUUUGGAUGGCAAGGCUGUGGGCGACGUUCAGAUGA